AUGUGCCAAGACCUUGCGGCCGAAUCGGAUGUUAUUAUCGCACAAGCCAAGAAUGCUCUAAUAAGAGUGCAGUGCUACGAAGGAUGCCUUCACCUCAUCCAAAAGGCACGUAUAAAGGCGAUACAGCUCAGCAGUAAUGAGGGGCUGAAGAUGGAGCUUAUAAUGAGGCUAGUGCCAAAUAUUACCGUGAUCCGAAGUCUGUACGACCUCGCCAUCGAUACCGAGACGAUAUUUGCGGCACUUGUCCAGAUUUCUAGUCAAAAAUCAACCAAGAAGGCUGCAGGUUUCCUCAUGGAGAAGAUCGCGAGUCUGGUAGACUUUGCAGUGAGUUUUGAUAGUCUGAAGGCGAAGACUCCCGAUAUUCAGAACGACCUCAGCCACUUUCGACGGUUUGUAGCGGUUAACGCCACGUUGUCAAACCAACUAGAGAGUCUCACCGACGCCCCGCUGAAUGCCAUGUCAUUUUUCGUGGCCGAUCAUUGUCCAAUGCUGAAGGUGCUGAUCCGAGCGAUCGAGUGCGCCAUGACGAAAGAGCCGUCCGCUGUAGACGUAUCAGCCUUCCUGGCAAAUUCCCGUUGUUCCUCGAUGACAGGUAGCAGACCAAAAGAUGGGCGUCCUAUGAUGAACUACCUUCGGGCUAUGACUGGAGCUAUCAUCCUGUACGACCAUACAGCGGCUCAUGGAGCGUUUGGAUCUAAAUCGGAAGUGAAGAUCAAGCGCUGCGUCAAGGAGCUCGUGCAGUGGAAACAGAACGGAGCAACAACGGAAUUGCUCGACACCAUCAAGUACUGCAGUCUACACUACAAUGACCCGUCAACCCCUGAGAAGAUUCGGACACUAAUGAAUAAGUAG